UGUGGACUGCAGUCGUCUCUCUCCUACAGCCUUGGCAGUUUUCAAAUAAAGACUCCCAAGCGGCAAAUUUGCUUUCCUCUUUCUUCUUCCUCUUCUGUUCUAAACUUCCAACUGACGUCCAUGGAGCUCUCCCUUCUCCCUUACCAACAGCACCACACCUCAACUUUUCUCAGCAGGUCUCUCUAUUCCAUCCCCGGCAUAGGAAAGAAACAGUUCCUCCGGAACCCGUCCAUGGUGCGUUUCCACUGCUCCUUGUCUGAUGAAUUGCCAAUGCCCAGUACCCCACCUCUUCGGCCUGAAGGAAGGAGGGCUUUGUUGGGUUGUUUUCUUGCAGCUGCUACUGCUGUAUAUGUUUGUGACAAAGCUGAGGCAGUUAGCACAAGUAGACGAGCCCUUAGAGGAUCGAAGAUACCUGAGAGUGAAUAUACAACCCUUCCAAACGGUCUGAAGUACUAUGAUUUGAAAGUUGGAGGUGGGCCAGAAGCUGUGAAGGGAUCACGCGUUGCAGUCCACUAUGUUGCCAAGUGGAGAGGCAUAACUUUUAUGACAAGUAGGCAAGGACUUGGUGUUGGUGGUGGAACGCCUUAUGGAUUUGAUGUGGGUCAAUCUGAGAGAGGAAACGUCCUUAAGGGACUUGAUCUAGGUGUUGAAGGCAUGCGGGUUGGAGGCCAGAGAUUGCUUAUAGUUCCUCCAGAACUAGCUUAUGGAAGUAAAGGAGUCCAAGAAAUUCCUCCAAAUGCGACAAUUGAGUUGGAUGUCGAGCUACUAGCCAUCAAACAAAGCCCGUUUGGCUCUCCUGUAAAGAUUGUUGAAGGAUGAGGAAUUUAUGCUUCUCUUACUGCUUGGUCACCCAGUCAAAGCCCAUUUUGACCCUUGCUGUACAUCUUGAUCAAUUAAAUCAGAGGCAAUAGGGACCAGAUAUUCAUAAUCCCUGUUGGAUUAUGUGGAUUGCUGCCCUUGUUCACCUUUCAAUGUGGACCCUUGAUUUACUUUUUCUUUAGUUUGUAUACCUUGGAUGAUUUAUGUCACAAGUAAUGUCAUAUUGAGUAAAGAAUUAAUAGUAAGUCUUUUUUUUUACC